AUGAUUUGGCCUAUUAAUCGUCCAAGAUUUGAACCAAUUCCUUCUGCAACAGUUGAUGGAUUCUUUGGCGGAUGUAAUGUAAUCGAUGCUGUACUCGCAAGCACAUUGGAUUGCUUAUACAAUGUUACUUGUCUCGAUAGCUUUAUUGAUUACUUUCCCAAUCUCAAUCAGACCAACUUCACGUGGUCCGAUGGUCUUUCAACUUUAAAUCGACGAGAUAUUUCUUUACAAAAUCUUUUGGCUGAAUUAUUUGUGGAAAAAUGGUCAACAUCAAUCAAUUAUUCACAAUAUUUUGCUGAAUGUGCUCCGACUACGUGCACAUACACUGAGAUCAAUCAUAUGAAUAUUUCUUAUACAAUAACUCUUCUACUUGGUUUUUAUGGUGGUCUUACUAUUCUGCUUCGUUUAUUGGCACCUUUACUAAUCAAUAUAUUCUCAAAAAUAAAGUUAUGUUCCCCAAAUGUUAUUUGUAAUCUAAGUAAUUUCUCAUAG